AUGUCAGAAUACAUUACCAGCAUCCAGGAUAAAUUAUGCUCGUACAUAACGUUUCACAGUUACAGUCAGGUGUUGCUCAUUCCUUAUGGUCAUUCCAGGGAGAGAGUCGAUAAUUACAAGGACCUGUACAAUAUAGGAAACCACUCUAUACACGCUCUGUCGAAGAGAUAUGGGACCAAAUUCAGAGUUGGAAAUAUCGUGGACAUUAUGUACACUGCAUCCGGUGGAUCGAUGGACUGGGUUCGUGGAAAGUUUAAUAUCCCCGUGACAUUCACUUACGAGCUUCGAGACACAGGAAGAUACGGUUUCAUCCUGCCGGCCAGUCAAAUUAUACCCACUACAGAGGAAACUCUGGAUUCUCUGAUCGCGAUGCUUCAACUAGCCGCGAAACUCGGUUACGGCUUACCUCAGUCGGCAAUCGUACGAUAUUGA